AUGCCACCCCGCCGCCGACCCCCAGCAUCCUCCUCCACCGCGGCGGCGGCCCCGUCCAAAUCCGGCGCGCGCCCGUCCAAACUCGCGAAAGAACACAAGAUCACGGCGGAAGAGGAGUCUGAGAUCCGCGAGGCCUUUUCGCUGUUUGCUGAGCCCAUGGCUGGCGAAAAGGAGGGGAUCAUGCCCAUUGGCGAUGUCCGGCGCGCUCUGAUAGCCCUCAACCUCCCCCCCUCCUCCCCCGCACAACUCUCAACCUUCACCACCGCCCUCGACCCCGACGACGAAGGUUUCGCGACCUAUCCCGCCUUUGUCGGCAUCUGUGCGCUACAGAUCCACACCCGUCGGCACCACCAGGGUGAGGCGGAAUACGAAGAGGAACAUCGGAGGGAGGUGGAUGAGGCGUAUCAGUUGUUUACUGAGGUUGGGAGGCAGAACAGGCGUGAGCAACGACGGCGGGGGAUGGGAGGUCAUGAUGUAGAUGAGGAGGAGGAGGAUGAUUAUACGGGUGGUGGUGGGUUUGAAGAGGAUGGGGAUGGGGAAGGAGAGGAGGUGGUGAUAACGAUAGCGGAUUUGAGGAGGGUAGCGGCGUUAUUGCGGCUGGACGAAAAGAGUCGGGCGGAAGAUGCGGGUGGGAGUGGGAAUACUGCAAGAGGGGGCGGAAAUGCUGGGUUUGGGGGGAAGAUGGGGAAGGGGGGGAAGGAUGGGGAACUGGUGGUGACGGAGGAGUUGUUAAGGGAUAUGAUUCUGGAGGCGAAUGGUGGGGCGGGGGUUGGGAGGGGGGUUAGGAAGGCGGAGUUUGAUGAGGUGAUGCGGCGGGCGGGGGUUUGGCGGUGA